GAAAGCAGCAGCAGCAGUAGUAGUAGUAUAGUAAUAAGGGGAAGAGAAUAAGAUCAAAAACAAAAUAAGGAAGGAAGGAAAGAAAAGAAAGUCCACCAUCAUGUCGUCCUUCGACCAGCCCCUCCCGCCCUUCAACGCCUCGGACCCGAGCGCCUCGUUCCUAAGCACGUCGUGCCUGGACUUCCUGAUGAUCGAGCUGGUGCCCAUGGCGUACCGCGUCGCGAACGAGCUGGAUGCGCCGGAGCAGCAGCCCGGCGCUUCUGCUGCUGAUGGGGAAAAUGGUGGCGGGGAGACGGGGACGGGGAGGCAGAAGUUGGACGAGGACGAGGAGAGGGAUGCGGUUUUCUUUAGGUUGGAUGGAUUGGGGUAUAGAGUUGGGUUGGGGCUUGUCGAGCGCUUCUCCCGCGACCGCCCACGCUUCAACGACACCCUCGACGCCAUAAAGUUCAUAUGCAAGGACCUGUGGAUGCUGGUCUUCAAGAAGCAAGUCGACAACCUCAAGACCAACCACCGCGGCGUCUACGUCCUAACCGACAACGCCUUCCGCCCCCUUUCGCGUAUGAGCGCCGAUGCCGGCGGCCACGCCGUCGUGAGGGCCCAGCCUUUCCUUUGGUUCCCCUGCGGCAUCAUCCGCGGCGCCCUCGCCGCCAUGGGCAUCGCCGCCACCGUCCAGGCCGAGACCAACGAGCUUCCCGGCGCCGUCUUCCAGAUCAAGACGGUGCCUGCCAAGCAAUGAGGUCUCGUCACCUGACUUAACCUAACCAACCUACCUAGACUACGUAUGUAUCAUCUGCCUAGGUACUUACUACAUGGCGGAAUUAUCUCCUGGCGCGCGGAACAUCCACGUAAGACAUGCAUGGCAGGAUCCAUCAUACCGGAAUUUUAGAGGCGCGGCGGCGUAAGAGGAAGGAAAAGAGGAAGGAAAGGAAAGGCAGGGUGGGAUCUAGCAUUUAGAAGUAACGGCGUUUAGGU